GGUGCUAAUACUUUCCGCGUCGCCCUCCAACCCCCCUUCCACCUCUUCCUUUCCUUCCCUCCAUCCAUCAACAACACUCACUUGCGACACUACCUACAUCUAUCAAUCAACCUCUCUACCACCUAAUUCGGUUGACCACCUAAUCCUCGCACUACUACCACCACCACCCCAAACACCACCACAAACAAGCACCCCCAACCGUCAAGAUGCUCGAAGCGCGCCUCGAACAAGCCACGGUCCUGAAGAAGGUCGUAGACGCGAUCAAAGACCUAGUUCAAGACUGCAACUUCGACUGCAACGACAGCGGGAUCGCGUUGCAAGCGAUGGACAACAGCCACGUGGCUUUAGUCGCCAUGCACCUGAAGACGGAGGGGUUUAACCUAUUCCGGUGCGACCGCAACAUCGCGCUGGGGAUCAACCUGGGCUCGCUACAGAAGGUGCUACGCGCUGCGCAGAACGAGGAUAUUCUCACGCUCAAGGCGGAGGAUGCUCCCGAUGUCCUCAGUCUGGUCUUCGAGAAUACGGAAAAUGAUCGUAUCAGCGAGUAUGAUAUCAAACUUAUGGAUAUCGAUCAGGAACACCUCGGUAUUCCCGAGACGGAAUACGGUGCCACGGUCACCCUCCCCAGCGCCGAGUUCCAGAGGAUCUGUAGGGACCUGAUACAGAUCUCCGAGUCUGUAUCCAUCGAGGCCAACAAGGAAGGCAUCAAGUUCAGCUGCACCGGCGACAUCGGUAGUGGCGCGGUAACACUGCGGCAGAACGCGAACGUCGACAAGCCGGAGCUGGGCACGACCAUCGACCUGCAGGAGCCCGUCGCCCUCACCUUCUCGCUCAAGUACCUGGUCAACUUCUGCAAGGCCUCCGGCCUGUCGAAUACCGUUACCCUGUCGCUAAGCAAUGAGAUUCCGCUGUUGAUUGAGUACAAGAUGGAACACGGAUUCGUCAGGUUCUAUCUCGCCCCCAAGAUUGGUGACGAGGAGUAGGCAGAUCGUCUCAUCUCAUCUCAUCUUUCCAUAAUGUGCUACGUGGCUUCGUGCGUUCCGAGGCGGGACUGUUCAAAAAACCUGUUUCAUGUCUCGCUUUACUUUGCUGUUGUCGUGAUGCCUUAGCUUUGUCGGGGGGAUUUAUACCGGUGUAUUCUGCGUACUGUUUUCCCGAAGACGAGUGAU